AUUGCUUAACGAUGAUAAAAGGGCGCCAAAGAAAUGCACUGACGUUAUUAUAUUUAUCUUGGGAGCGGGUUUAGGGUUUUAGGUUGACGCGGGCGAGGAGGAGCUUUGUCGGAGACAUGGCCUUUUGGGGAGUGGAAGUAAAACCUGGAAAGCCUUUUACUCAUAAAUAUGAUGACUCCAAAGGACGCCUCCAUAUUUCAAUGGCCACUUUGGGUUUGGGGACUGCAACUGCAACAACAAAAAGCACACUGCAGUGCAAUGUGGGAAACAAGAGCCCUGUGUAUUUAUGCUCUCUCUAUCCGCGAACCACUGAGUCAUUGCAAUUAAAUUUGGAGCUUGAGGAAGUUGAUCAGGUUGUUUUCUCUGUAAUUGGCCCUCGGAGCAUUCACCUCUGCGGUUACUAUCUUGCCACUUCCCGCAAUCCCCAUGUCAUUGAUGAUUCGGAAUCAUAUGGGGAGGAUAUUGCAGAUACAGAAACUGAGAGAUCUGAUUACAGUGACGAAGAUGAGUAUGAGGAUAGUUUUAUUGAUGAUGAUGGUGUUCCGGAGGUUUACCCAUCAUCUCCUCUUUCCAACGAAGAGGAAGCUUCUCAUGAUGACAGACCAAAAGGUAGGAAAGGAAGCCUUCGGCGGCUUAGGAAGAAGUACCACUCGGUAGAGUCAGACGAUGAUGACUGUCACGAAGAAAAGAUAAUAGUCAAUGACAGUAAGCAUGACCAAACCAAAGAAAUUGAAAAUGAAGAUAGCCUACCUAUUUCGUCUCUUUAUAAGAGUACAGCCACUGGAAAGGCCUUGGACCAGGAAAUGGAUGAUAUUGUUGACAGAGGAGCAGGUGAUGCCAGCAACAAGAACGGUGAAGAUGGUGGAAAUAGUAUUAUCAAAUCAAAUUUAAAAACUGACAAUGUCGUUAUAGAUAUUCAGACGCAUAGGGAAGCUGAAAAUGUUGGGGAUAUUAAAAAAAUGAGAAAGAAAAAAAAGGGAAAAGAAAAAGAGACUAAGAGUUCCUGUGAUGGCCAUUCUAUCAAACUAGAUAACAGUGUAGGAGCUGAGCCAAAAAUGGAAAAGGCGACCCAGGAUUUUGUGGCAGGAAAUGAACAACACCAGCAACAUGCUGAUCAUAAGGAAACUGUUGAUCAUGGUCUGGAUGAAAAGCCAAAGAAGAAAAGGAAAGAGUGGUCAGAGGAGGGAAGGCUUUCGAUUGCUAAUGGUGUUUAUCACGACAAUCUUGUUAAUUUGCCUCAGAGAAUUGAACACAAUAAACAGCACACAGUUAAUGGCAGGGAUGUUAAUAUUUCGGACAAUGUUGCGUUGCCUUCUACCAAAGUGGAUCCUGAAAAGAGUAGAACAAAGAGGAAAAAGAAAGAACAGGUAAACAACGGUGACAAAGGAUACCAUGCAGAUAUCAUCCAAGAGGACAAAGCCAACUCCCAUAAUCUGAUUCAUAAAUGUUUUGAAGAAAAAGAGCAACAUCAGAAGCUAGCUAAUGAGAAUGGUGUGGACGGCAGUGCUCACAACUCUCCUGAUAAAAAUCAAUUUGAGGAUACAAAAGUUAAGAAAAAGAAGAAAAAGAAUAAAAGCCAGGGCAGUUUGGAAGUUGUAAACUCUGAUAUGCCUGUAUCUGUUGAGCAGAGUGGCAAGACUGAGAUGAUGAAGGGGGACAGAAAUAAGAGGGCCGAUGCAAAGCCUUCCCAGGUUACAUCAUUGUCAAAUGGACUAGUUAUUCAAGAGCUAGAGAAGGGGAAAGAUGAUGGCAAAAUUGCUGUGUCAGGGAAAAAGAUCAGUGUCUACUACACCGGCAAGUUGAAGGGAAAUGAAGUAGUAUUUGAGUCAAAUGCUGGCCAAGCUCCUUACAAAUUUCGCCUUGGUAAAGGACAAGUUAUCAAGGGUUGGGAUGUUGGCCUUGAAGGCAUGCAAGUUGGAGAAAAGAGAAGACUUAUAAUUCCGCCAUCAAUGACGUCUACGAGUGAUGGACAGAAUGCCAAAAUACCAUCAAAUUCGUGGCUGGUUUAUGACUUCGAGCUGGUUAAAGUUCAUUGAAUGUCUCAUCCAAACUGAUUAUAUGGUUGGUUAUGUUUUUGGGAGAACGCGGAUAAAAAUUUUCGUGGAGUCAGGAGGCGAUAGGUGGGGCUGUCAAAAACUGAAUUCAACUGUAUGGGCCGUAGGGUUUUUUUUUUGGGUUGAAUCUGUGGUGAAUUAGCCCCCAGUGAUUAGUUUUUGAUCUUGAAGAUCGGGUUGACAUGCGCAACCAAAUCAAAAGUUUUACUUCUUUCAUAUACCAUGUUGAAGACAAAUGAUACGGCGGGGGAAAGUAAUGGAAGUGUUUCAUAUACAUACAACGGGUUGUUUUCCUGGUAUGCCAAAAGAUAAUAAAACCCUUCUCUACAGAACACUAACUUAAAAUAUUCGAUCACAAAAUGAUCCACGAG